CGGCAGCAUGUGCAGCGGCGAAUCAGCGAUAUAGAAACCGAUAAAACUAUCCGUGACGCGACAAAACAAGAGCAGAGACUCGUCGAAAACGCUCGCUAGCGGGACAGAUGGCUGUACGGGAGGGAAUGCGCUUGCUGUCGCUGGAGGUAACGGGAUAUGAGCUGUUAUAUGAAGCCCGUCGGUAGGGCACCAGAGGAAGAUUGCAGCUGAAAACACCCGGAUCUCAUCAUCAUCAUCAUAAUAAUAAUAUAAAAGCAGCGUUUGCGUGGUUUUCGAGCAUUCAGUUGAUGAACACACACACGUCGGGCUGCAGAUGGGCUUUAAUAUCGGUCUGAUGAAGUAAUUUGAAGCCCACACUUCAGUCCCGGGGUGCAGUCUUGAGCGUGUGAUGAUAGGAGACACAAUGACGCUUUUGUCUCUUUUGGGUCGCAUCAUGCGUUAUUUCUUGCUCAGGCCAGAGACCUUGUUUCUGUUAUGCAUCAGCUUGGCCCUCUGGAGCUACUUCUUCCACACGGACGAGGUGAAAACCAUCGUCAAGUCGAGCCGGGAUGCCGUGAAGAUGGUGAAGGGGAAAGUGGCGGAGAUGAUGAUGAACGACAGGCUCGGCGGGCUGGACGUGCUGGACGCGGAGUUCUCCAAGACCUGGGAGUUCAAGAACAACAAUGUGGCGGUGUACUCGAUACAGGGCCGGAGAGACCACAUGGAGGACCGCUUCGAGGUGCUCACCGACCUGGCCAACAGGAGCCACCCUUCAAUCUUUGCUAUUUUUGACGGACAUGGUGGAGAGGGGGCUGCAGAUUAUGUGAAAGCCCACCUGCCGGAGGCUCUAAAGCAGCAGCUGCAGGCGUUCGAGAGGGAGAAGAAGGACAGUCCUCUCUCCUACCCCUCCAUCCUGGAGCAGCGCAUCCUGGCCGUGGACCGGGACAUGGUGGAGAAGUUCUCUGCUUCUCAUGAUGAAGCAGGCACAACAUGUCUGAUAGCCUUGCUGUCUGACCGCGAGCUGACUGUGGCGAAUGUUGGAGACUCUCGUGGCGUUCUCUGCGAUAAAGAUGGAAAUGCUGUAGCCCUCUCGCACGAUCACAAGCCCUACCAGCUGAAGGAGCGCAAGAGGAUCAAGAGAGCAGGAGGCUUCAUCAGUUUCAACGGUUCAUGGCGUGUGCAGGGCAUCCUGGCCAUGUCUCGCUCACUAGGCGACUACCCACUGAAAAACCUGAACGUGGUCAUCCCAGACCCCGACAUCCUGACCUUCGACCUGGACAAGCUGCAGCCCGAGUUCAUGAUCCUGGCGUCAGACGGCCUGUGGGACGCCUUCAGCAACGAGGAGGCCGUGCGCUUCGUCCGGGAGCGUCUAGACGAGCCGCACUUCGGCGCCAAGAGCAUCGUCCUGCAGUCGUUCUACCGCGGCUGUCCAGACAACAUCACCGUCAUGGUGGUCAAGUUCAAGAGCAGCUCGGCCAGCAAAACUGCAGAGUAGCCUUUCCAUCAAGCAGAGGUGAGACGUUGUAAUAUAAGAGACAAGCCAAAAGCAUUACAAUAGAUGCAUGUGCCUACAAACACAUGCAUACCCAGAUUCUUCUUCUUUUUUUGGUGUGUGCCAAAUGGACACUUGGGGGGGAUAUGAUUUUUGAAUUGUUUUUCAAUUCCUUACACUGUAAAGAUGAUGUAUCCUGGCCUUCCGUCUUAUACAGAGCAAUAUUAUUUGUGAAACGGCUAUCGGCUUGAAUGGUAGAAAGACAUUUAUUGCCUUGAAGAUGCACUCAUAGAUGUUUGUUCAGGAUAAAUCGCGUAAACAUCAUAACUUUUUUUAUUUUGAGGUCAAUACGCAGCUGAUGGAACCAUAUCCAGCUCUUAAAUUUGGAUGUACACUGAAAAAUUUUGAAAUUUUUUAAGGUAAAUGGUUGCAAAGAAGGAAUAUAGGCUGAAUUUGAACAUCAAAUUAGGGUUAACACUACUUAAUUUGAUCUAUUUGAUUUAAUUCAGCUCAUAUAAAUAGUUUGCAACCACUUACCUUUGCAAAAAAAAAGGGUUGAUUGGAUUAACUCAUUUUUUUAAGGUAAGUGGUUGCAAACAGUAUAUAUGAGCUGAAUUUAAACAAACAAAUUUGUUUGAACACUGCUCAAUUUAUUUUAUUUGUUUAAAUUUGGCCCUUCUAUAUUGUUUGCAACCACUUAACUUAAAUAAAUAGAGUAAAUCCAAUUAAUCUUUUUUGUUUAAGUGUACAUGAUCCGCUCAUAUCACUUCAGGGCAUGUAUGCCAAUGUACACUGGUGCUGCUCAUCAGUUUGUGUAAAUGUGUUUGGGAUUAAGUUUGCGUUUGAUUACGAAUGUUAGACUUGAUUUAACGUCAUAACCGGUCCCGCUCAUGAUCGUCAGGUUUCUCCUGUGUUUAGGUCACUGUUUUAAUGGCUUUAUGCAUACCGCAGUGGACGGAUUUAGGGUUAUAUGAUGUGUAUUUACUUUGUGAAGACUGUUGGGUUAAUACUGGCUUACAGUUUUUCAACUUUCCUCUUAAGAAGUGUUACUUAAAUGUUAACCUAAUUAGGAAAAGAAUUGGCACAAAUCCCCGUCUACACAAAAUCUGAAUUUCUUGCACUGUGUGAAAUGUAUGUGGGAGAUUAAAGCGAUUAAAUAAACCUUACAAGUCAAGCGAAAA